AUGUCCACCACCACCACCACAACCCCUGCCAUCUCCCUCCGCGAAAUCACCAAGGACAACUGGCGCGCCGUCAUUGACCUCGACACGCACCCGCACCAGCGCGGCAACGUGUCCACCAACGCACGCUCCCUCUGCGAGGCGCACUACUCCCCCGAUGCCUGGGUGCGCGCCAUCUACGCCGGCGACGCGCUGGUCGGCUUCCUGAUGAUGUCCAUCUGGGAGCCGGACGCCUGGGCCAGCAUCUGGCGGUUCAUGAUCGACGCGCGCUUUCAGGGGCGCGGGUGCGGCGCGGCGGCGAUCCGCGCGGCGGCGGCGCACGUCCGGGCGGCGCACCCGGAGAUGCGGACGCUGCGGCUCAUGUCGGCGGGGCCGGGCGGCAAGGCGGCGCGGGACGGCAAGGCGGCGGUGGAGGAGGGGGCCUCGCCGUACAGGUUUUACUGCAAGUUGGGGUUCAGGGAUAUAGAGCCGGCGGAUGAGUUUGGCGAGGUCGAGAUGGGCUUGGACCUACAUGGGCCGGAGCUGGAUGUUGGAGCAAAGGGCGAGCCAUGA